AUGGCAGAAAGUCCAGGAGCAGCAGGACUCGUCAGCCUGCAGGACGUCCUGAGAGGACGCUCAGACGGAGCUCAGAGGAACAGAAGCAGCUCCAACAUGGUCCGAGUGUUCAUCAGCUCCACAUUCACAGAUAUGAGCAUCGAGAGGAAAGCCCUGCUGGAGAAAGCUUACCCAGAAGUCCUUGCUUUCUGUCGCAGUCUUGGACUGGUGUUUGAGGUAGUGGAUCUGCGUUGGGGAAUUCGAAGCGUUCCGUCCGGAGACCACGAGGCCUGCGAGAUCUCCCUGCAGGAGAUCCAGACCUCCAAGAGGGUCUCAGCAGGUCCAGCUUUCAUCGCACUGCUGGGGAACCGGUAUGGCUACCGAGCUCUUCCUCGUCUUGUCCCAGAGAAGCAUUUUGAAGUUCUUUUGUCCAAACUCUCCAAAAAUCCUGAAGAUGUCAAGCAGCUAAAUCAGUGGUACUUAAAAGACAACAAUGCGGUCCCACCCACCUACGUUCUUCAGCCAAUCACUGAUCACUUCCCCCACUUUGGUGACCUCCAGCCUGGGAGUGAAGCGCAGCGGGAUGACAGCCUCCUCUCCUGGCGCUUCACAGAGACUAAACUGUUGAAGCUUCUCCGCUCUGCUGCCGCCGCCGCAGAGGCAGCCGGCGACAUCACAGCCAAGCAGAAACAACACUUCUUCACAUCAGUCACAGAGCAAGAAUUUGAGCAGGGUUUGUGGAAGGAUAGCAGCGAACCAUCGGCUCUACUCUUUGUGCGAGAGAUUCCCUGCCAGAAGAUGAAGGACGUUCCUAAACGUCUCGCUAAAUACAUGGACCUGUCUGCAGACGGCCUGCUGGAUGCAGAAGCUCAGGGACUCCUUACCGGCCUCAAAUCCCACCUCUACGCCACGCGGCAGAAGAUUCUUAACUUGAACUGUGUAGAGCUCAGCAAAGGAAGCAUUGACCCCAAACGUAAAGAGCAUGCUCGGUACCUGGACAUCAUCUGCGAGCAGUUUGUGUUGCAGAUGAAGGCCAGGAUAGGAGAGGUGGUUGAUUUAAAGGUAGAGGGGAGGAGCAGGAAUAUUUGGGGAAGCAUUGAUGAAGAAAAGGAGAUCAUCUCAGACUUUUGGGUUGAACAGGUUGGAUGGCAUGUCUCCAUGAGUAAUGAGCUAUGCAGGAGUCUCUACGGCAGGGAAAGCCUUCUGGGUAAACUCUGUUGUGCCAUGUGGGAGUCCACCAAUGUGCCCCAUGGCCCCCUGGUGGUCCAUGGGGCUGCUGGGAUGGGGAAGACAGCUUUGCUGUGCAAAGUAGCGCAGGAGACACGCAGCGUUCUUGAUGCCGAGGCAGCGGUGGUGAUCAGGCUGCUCUCAGCACAUCAUCCUCAAAGACCAAACAUUGACAACGUCCUACGUAGCAUCUGCCUCCAAAUCUGUUUGGCCGGGGGUUUGGCUCCGCCCUCACCUCUGACAGCCAACAACCACCAGGAGCUGCUCCAGUUCUUCAGGAACGUCCUCACUGAGGUGUCCCAGCAGGGGAACACUUUGCUCAUUAUCCUUGAUGCUGUGGAUCAUCUCUCAGACGUACACCAUGCUCACAAACUCCGCUGGAUGCCCGCAAACCUCCCACCCAAUGUCCACCUGGUGGUUUCCAUGGAUACCAACAGUGAGGCGUUUGCUAACAUGCGGCUAAAGUUGAAUAGUCAGAGGAGUUACUUUGAAGUGGAAGGUUUGUCUCGUGAUGAAGGUAGACAAAUGAUGGAGUCAUACCUGCACGAAUCUCAGCGAACGUUGACUCCUGAGCAGCGUGAGGCCGUGCUGCGCAGCUUUGAGACUACCGGCUGUCCUCUGCACCUCAAACUGAUUCUGUCUGCAGCUAAACGCUGGCUGUCCUUCACCCCGCUCGCAGCAACACAUCCGAGCACCAACACACAGGAAGUGAUGUUACAGCUCUUCCUGAAGCUGGAGGAGAAACAUGGGAAGGAGCUAGUGGGCGGGGCUUUAGGGUACAUUGCUCUGGCAAGGGAAGGUGUGCUGGAAACUGAACUACGUGACGUCAUGUCUCUCGAUGAUGACAUCAUCAGUGAGGUGUACAAGUACUCCCUACCUCCAUCCACCACGUUAAUCCGGCUGCCCCCUCUCCUCUGGGCUCGACUCAGACACGACCUCGAGGAUCAGCUGGAAGAGCGCUGGACGAGGGGGGUCGCUGCCAUCGCCUUCAAACAUUGGCGUCUGUGUGAGGCAGUUUCAACUCGUUAUUUGACAUCAGAGCGCCGUGGGCGGAGCCUCAGGAUCCUGGCGGAGUACUUCCUCGGUCGGUGGUCGGGGAAACUGAAGCCUGUGGCUCUCCAGGGUCUGUCGCUGCUCCUCUCUGAUAGAAAGGUCCCGCCCCAGCCGCUGUGGUUUGCUCCAGGAUUGGCCAACAUCAGAAAGCUCCAGGAGCUGCCCUAUCACCUGCUGCAUGCUGGUCUGUGGAAGGAGCUGCAACAGGAAGUCAUUGGCAGUGCUGAGUGGCUGUACUGUAAGAGCAGGGUUUGUGGGGUAUCCAGUGUGAUCCAGGAUCUGGACCAGUGCUCCAAGUACAUGGACUGCACUGAGACCAGCCUGCUCCGAGACACUCUGCUCCUGAUCAAAGCCAGUCUGGACUUCCUGGACGGUCACAUGGACAUGUCUCUGUUUUACACUGAGCUGUUGGCCAGACUCUGCUCCUUGGCUAAGCCUUUUCCCUCGGUGAUUGGCCGGCUGUGUGGCCAAUGUGAAGAGUGGUUACUGACGCACCCCGAGCCCAUCCUCAUUCCCAAGUGCAGUUUCCUGCAGCAGCCAGGAGGGGCGCUACAAUACACGCUGACCGGACUGCAGGGAGGUGUGCUCUGUAUGGACCUCAAUGUGGAGGCGGAGCUUCUGGUUGCAGGUUCAGAUGGUGGCGUGGUGGCUGUCUGGAGCCUCUCUGACCACCAGCUCGUACACUCACUGCUAGGACACACAGGUGCUGUUCUGUGCGUCAAGGUUGUUGACAGCACCGCCAACUGCCUCUCAGUGGCAGCAGAUGGCUCUCUGAGGAGGUGGAGCCUGGUGAACGGCCAACAGCUGCUCUGCAUCCAGGAGGCCAUUCCUGUCAACCCCGCACCUUCCUCAGUACACAUACACCUGUCUGAACAGCUGAUCUUCAUUUACACCAGGACACAGGUGAAGGUGUGGCAGCUGGACGGGGGUGAGGUCCUCAACAGCAGUAAUGCUGACGGGUCGGUGGUGCUGGGAGUUCUGGGAGAAUCAGUGGUUUCUAUGUGUAAUUCUGGUCUUGUCAGAAUAUCUCAACCUAUCAAUGGGACUCAAACUGUUGAGACUCGGCUGGAAAACUGUCAGAGAAGUGUGACCCUGUCUAAAUCUGUUAACUUACCAAAACGUGGGAAAGUGUUCUUCGUUUCUAAAGAAGGCUUCCUCUAUCAGAUUUCCUUGAAGGGGAGACACAUGGCAGUAAAGUUUCCGCUGGUUCCUUCUCUGCUUUCAGUCACUGAAGAUGAAAAAAUACUGGUAGCAGGCAGUGAUCGGACUCUGAGCCUCUUCAACAUCGACAGAGACUCUGUGGACAGAUUCCUGGAGCUCCAACACGACGACAGCGUUUUGUCUGCCUGCGUCUCCUCAGACUGCCGAGUGCUCGCCUCAGGAGCUGCUGACCAACUCAUCAGAAUCUGGUCGGUGACCACCGGUGCGUUGUUGGACACUCUGAGUGGCUCAGACUCCCCCGUCACUUCUGUUCUUCUGUAUCACGGCUUUGUGCUUUCAGCCUCAAAGGCAGCUGCCAGCGUCCGUCUGUGGAGUCUGAAAUACGACCCCCGCCACAAACCCACCGCCACCAUCCCUGCAGGCUGCGCCCACGUGGCCGUCACUGAAGACGCAGACCGGGUUUUUUACGUCCGGCAGCAGAGCCAAACGACGGUCCUCAGCUGGAACAACAACACAGGUUCUCUGUCUGAGUGUUAUGCGGUCUCUGCUGAGGUCUGCUGCCUGGAGGUAGCUCAGCACAAGCGGCUGCUGCUCUGCGGGCUGACCACCGGCACGGUGCUCAUCUACCCUCUGUCCCUGCCCCAGGAGACGCUCUGUAUCCCCCCCCCAGAGAGCCUCUCCAGGGUGCUCUGCAUAGCUGUCAGCUCCCAGGAGAAGCAUAUGGCGGUGGCCUACGAGGAUUCUGUGUGUUUGUUUGAGAUCACCAACAGAGACAGUUUCCCCACGGUGGAGGGGCCCCUGAAGAGGGCCCCCCUGUCUCUGCUCCACGCCCCGCUGUCCUCCAUGGCCCUGCUGCCCGACCGCAGGCUGCUGUACGGGACCAGCUGCGGGGAGGUGAAGCUCCACGACUUCAGCAGCGGCAUCAGCUCAGGCCUGGAGCCCCACCGCAGCAGGGUGACAUGUGUGACGGCCGGGCACUGGGGGACCCACGCCUUGGUGGGCUCCGAGGACGCUGUCCAGAGGCUUUGGGCCCUGAGCCCACUGGUGCUGGACCACACCAUGGAGUACAAGGGAUUUUUCUUCGAGGGGCGUCCUCUCUGCUGCUUUCUCCGACGCGACCAGUUCGUCUUCACAGGAUGUCAGGACAGAACAGUGAAAGUGUGGGACGUCGCUUCAGGAAACCUGCUGUACGUCCAGUACGUCUACUCCCCCGUUGUCAGGAUGGUGACCUUCAGGAACGGCUUUGUGGCGCUGUCCCAGCAGGGCUCCGUCAUCAGGGAGGUGUUUCACUGUCCGGAGCUCAUCAGUCCGGACUACAACCCUCUGAGGAACGUCAAGGCCCAGUACCGGGUCUCCUCCAGGGCAAAGCAGAGCCAGGACGGCCAGCAGAGCUCCGGAUCCCACCUUCAGGAAUUCAACCCAGCCGGUCUGAACCUGAACCUCAUGAGCAUGCUCAGAACCAGACCCUCCUCCACCUGUCUCCUGCUGUAGGACGCCUAACACCUCCAGAGGCUUCAAAA